UUGCUUAAUGAGUGUUUGGCUUGCUUAGAUGUCUGUCCACCGCAGCCGCCCAAUUUGAUUCCUGUGGACGUUGAUGGAAAUUAUCGCCAGUGCUAUCCGCACGCUCGGUCAGGAAACCCGCAUUUUUGUCCUAACGGCUCUGCUUGCCUCUACACCGGCACAGCAAAUGGUUUUAUCUGCUGCAAGGCUGCCGCCCACAAGAAAUUUCAGAGUUUGCGCCGUUUCCCACCGAAGCGCAUCUGGCCAAUGGCUAUUAUCGAUCCAAGUCCGGCUGUUGUUACAAGCAGCAGCAGUAGUAUCACCCGAAAUCAGACAGGAUGCUCCGGCCGACCAGGUUUCAUACCAGUGAUGAGACAAGGUUCACCGAUUCCGUGUGUUGGUAUAAUGAGCAAUAUGAACUGCGGACAGUUUGGCAUUGAAGCGAGGUGCAUGUGGCUGGCUAAGUGGGCUAAAUAUGUUUGCUGCACACCUGGAUUUUGA